CAUGAAGAGAGGUCGUAUUGUCAGUAUAAGUCAUGAAAUACCAGAGGAUAGUCCAUUCAAGACAUACAGGGAUCUGAAAAGACACUGGAAGAAUACUUAUGGGUACAGACUUCCAGAGAGUGAAGAUGAUAUUAACUUUUACCAAAUCAGAUUUGGUCCUCAAGGUGGAAAACUGUUUACAUAUCCUUUCUGUUUCAAUAUGUGUAAAAACAUUUGUGAAUACAUUUCCUUAACUUUGAGAACAUACCCUGAAGUUUGUCUAAGAGGAAGAGAGUUGCAGAAAGUGGCAAGAGUAGACCCAAAGCCAAUCCUGAGAUCAUUUAUGUUAGAAAUACAGAGUAAAUUUCCAACUGUGUGUGGUUGCCCAAUCAAACUUCAGUCAAAAGCCAAGUUUACUGUGACGGAUCUUCUUCCCAGUGGCCAGAAUACAAUAAAAGAUCAUCCAAACUUAACAAAUAAGAUGAGUUCUUCUCGACCUACUGUGUAUAGAACAAAAGAUGAGAUGGUGAAAAUGAUGGCAUCGUCAAACAACACAUCUAUUCCCAACCCUACGAACUGUUCACAGAGCUUAAAUGGACGGAAAGAAACAGUUUCAGUCAUAUCCACCAAGAAUAUAUCUCAGGAAUUUUCUGACCGUUCAAAGACAUUGGAUAAAAGUGUUACUCCUAACAAUCAGGAACGUAUCAGUAAUCAGUCUUUUAGAUGCAUUGCAAAUAGUAAAGAAGAAGCACAAUUCAGUCGAAAUAUUUUAUCUGAAAAUAUCAGACCAAUUACAAAAGAACAUCCUGAUUCAGAUAAGAGCAGUAUUAAUAGUAACAAUGAGAUGUCAGCAAUUUCUGUGGCUUUGCAAUCAGGUAGUCAAAAUAAGGAAAGAUUUAUCAGAACCCCAGAAAAUGCUUCAAAAGUUGGAAUAAACAGCUCUGUGCAUUUAUCAGCAUACACUCCAACAACAAGUUCUAGUCUAAUGAAUAAGCAAGAAACGGGUUCACACAAAUUGAUUCCACAAUUCAAACCCAAAAAACUUUUGCCAUUAAUUGAAUCUGCUAAACCAGUGGUUGCACAGAAAAUUGUACCAGUGUUUCAUCCGCAGAAGAAAUCAUCAACAGGCUGUAUUUCUCAACAGAAAUCUAAAUCUACUGUUAACAAAGCAUUUAUUUCACACACUCCAAGUAGACCUUCUGUUCAAGGCCAUCUAACGUCUGUUGAAAGGCAAGGACUUCCUUUAAAUACACCCGUUUCAACACCAAUGUCCUCUUCCGUAAAUAAUGCUUCAGCACUCACUCCACUCAACAGACCAACAUUCAGUAAGACAGUUCCACUCUUUAAGAAAUCUGUUACUGCAAGUACGGGUUGUGUACCUUCAAAUUCGGGAAAGGCUACAACUGGAAAGGAUGGGAAAUUGCAAAAAGAAAAAAAGGCUACCAAGAGACCAAAAGCAACGAAGAAAGACGGUCAAAAUGAAUCCCGGAAGGCCAAGAAACUAAAGAAAGCUGAGGCAUGAUGUUAAGGACUUAAUACAAUAAACAACAUAGAUUGUGUGUACUUACGAGAUUAUUUGUUUAUUAAAGUAGACUUCAUUUGUAGGUUUUUAAGUGCGGUGAUAUUUCGUAUCACAUUAAUUGUGUAAUUUCUAACCCUUGUUAUAGUUGACUCGUUCGUUUAUCAUUCUUCUUACAAGACAGGUGUUGCGAAAAAUGUAUUGUUUGUACAUCUACGACAGAAAAACAAAGUAAAAAACAAAAUGAAAAUAAUGUAUCAUCUGACACCUUCCAUAAGUGACAUUUGAUCAUAGAUUGGUGAAUGUAUACAAGGCUGUAAAAUGCUAGACUAUAAAUUUGCCUGAAUUUAAACACCUUUAAACAUGUAUCUCUUAUAUCGAAUAAACAUAUUUCAAUAAAUCAAAUUAAAAUGU